CUUAUAAGGUCAGUGACUCCUUCGUUGACGUGUCAAUUUUAAUAACUCUUCUGAAAAUCAAUAUUCAUGCAGAUUUUAUGGAUGAUUCAUGAUUCAUUAAUCUCAAAAUUAAAUAUGGCAGACAAGCCAGCUCACGAGCGUUUCGAGGAAAUAGGCGAAAAAGCAAGCAACGAUGAAAAAUCCCUCCCGUUUACGGAGAAACUUCAUUUGUUGGACAAAGAAAUUCGCUUGCUUCGAGAGUUUUGUCUCAAGGUUGGACUGAACGACAAGGAAAUCGAGUGCUGUGCCGAACCACUGCUGAAAGAACAGCGAGCCGAGGAUCACAAGAAGUGGUGGACUAAAGUAUUUUACGUUUCUUUCUUCCUCGCGAUUGUUGCAUUUUUAUUGUGGUAUGAGCCAACCUACCGCUAUAUUUGUAUCUUUGGAAAGCUCGCAAGCAUGAAGCUUUUGCCUUACUGGGAUUGGACAACUGAAUUUGAGAAGGAUUGUUUUGUUGAAAACCCAUACUAUGUUGACGAAUUCUUGACCGAAGAUGAUUGUGAAGUGUGUACGGCAAUUUCUGGGACGCGACUAAAGAAUGUUAGUCAAGAUUUGAUGGCGGAAAAUUAUCUUUUUAAUGCAAUUCCAGUGGUUGUCACCGAUGCCACCAAAGAUUGGCCAAUUGAUGUUCAAAGUUUUGAUUUGAAUAAGCUAAAAGAGGUCUAUUUGGAUAAUAAACUUUCAGAUCCGGCAAAAUAUUGUACAUUUGAAGCAUUCGACGCGAAUAUAGAUUCUGCUCGGCAGUUAUUUUCAGUAUUACAAGAUAAUAAUCUGGACCACUGGCAAGGAUACUGGGAAAACUGUGAACCAGCAACAGCGAAAAGUAUUCGGAAAUUCUAUCGACGACCGUAUUUCUUGCCACCAAUGGCUGAAGCGGCGGCCGAGAAUUGGGUUUUUGCGGCGUAUGACAGCGAAGGAAAUGAAGCGGGAAUGAAAUGGGAACAUGUUUCUUUUGGUGGAAGUGCUACUUGGGUAACCCAGAUUAAAGGCCAGAGUCAAAUUGUUCUUAAACCAAAAUCUCCUUGUGAUGCAAUAUGUAAAAAGAUGUCUGCUACAUUGAAACCUGGCGAGACAAUUGUUUUCGUGAACCGUCUUUGGGAGUUUAAGAGAAGACCGCGUGCCACAGAGAUGUCUAUAAGUGUUGCCGCCACUGUGAGCUGGGAUAAAAUCUAGACUUGCCUGGCCUAAAUAGACUAAUUGCUACUUAUCCAUGCAGUAUCUUGGCUCUGACCUCUUUCGAAGUUGGAAGAAUUAUUAAUACUAUAUCUAAAACGUACGUGAAACGUGAUAAAAAUAAAUACAUUGAUUUUCGUUUCUGAUCACA